AGCAUGUAUGUAGUAUGUAGUAUGUAGUAUGUACCAAUCCCCACCCAGUGUGACCAUUGUGUCGUGUAGUGAAGUUGUUUCUUCCUUCUUUCUUCUUCUUUCAUCUGGUUCUUCAUCUUCUUCUUACUCAGACUCAGAGUUUCAAAUCUUCUCUCUCCAACAACAACCACCAUCAUAUCAAACCAAUCUGGAUCGAUCUCUUCGUUUUCUCACACGAGAUUUCCAAUUCAAACAAACACUGCCUUAACUUCUCCCAUUUUCAAUUCCUCUCUAAAUCCUAGGGUUUACUUUAAUUUCUCUCAACUUAUGAUCCCUAAUUCUUGAUUAUCCUUCGAUUAUCCGAUUCGAUUUGUUUUUUCAUGGAGCAAUCGCCGGGGUCGAAGGUCGUUAGAGUUGCAUCGGAGCUUCUCAACGGUAGGGGUUUAGAGGAGUCGAAGAAGCUCGACGGAGUAUCUGGCAUGGCGGAGAGACCAGCACCUGCAGUCGCCGACGGUGUCGUUUUGAAGAGGAAGCGAGGUCGGCCGGCUAAGGGGGUUUCUAAAACAGCUCCGCCUCCUCCUCCGCCGAAGCAGCCGGAGGAUGAGGAGGACGUUUGCUUCAUAUGCUUCGAUGGCGGGAGCCUCGUCCUCUGCGAUCGCCGGGGUUGCCCCAAAGCGUAUCAUCCUGCAUGCGUUAAACGAGAUGAAGCGUUCUUCAGUUCAAAGGCCAAGUGGAAUUGCGGUUGGCAUAUAUGUAGCUCUUGUGAGAAGGCAUCCCAUUAUAUGUGCUAUACUUGCACGUAUUCCGUGUGCAAGGGGUGUAUAGAUGAUGCUGAUUUUGUCUUUGUCAGAGGAAAUAAGGGUUUGUGUGGAAUAUGCAUGAAAACUAUAAUGCUGAUUGAGGAAAGUGCUGAGGGAAAUAAGGACAAGUGUGAAGUGGAUUUUGAUGACAAGAGCAGUUGGGAGUAUCUGUUCAAGGUGUACUGGAUGUAUUUGAAAGAGAAGCUAUCUUUAACGUUUGAUGAGAUCCUUCGAGCUAGAAACUCUUGCAAAGUUGCUGCUCCUAUGAGCUCUAAACUUCACACUCCCCAUGAACUUUAUCAUCUUAAAGAUGAAAAAGGUUCUGGUUCUGAGAACUCCUGUAUAGACUUAGAAUCAAAUAAUCUGAAAAAUAAGAGGCCUAAGAGACAGCAAAAGUUUCUUAAUAAAGGCGACUGCGUGGAUAGGAUAACUUCAGGUAGUGACACUGGCGUGUCAUUGCCUGAAGGCACGAAGUGGGCAUCCAAGGAGCUCCUAGAGUUUGUUGCACAUAUGAAAAAUGGGGAUACAUCUCUCCUGACUCAAUUUGAUGUCCAGACUCUCUUGCUGGAGUAUGUUAAGAAAAACAAUCUCCGUGAUCCCCAACAGAAAUCCCAAAUUGUUUGUGACUUUAGACUAUUAAAAUUGUUUGGUAAAGCUCGUGUUGGUUACAUUGAAAUGCUAGUGCUUCUUGAACCCCACUUUCUUGUAAAAGACAAUAGUGGUGCGGCAAAUACUUUUGGAGCUGCAAUUAUUGAUGCUGCCGCUAAUGAAGGAGAGGCCACUGACGAUUACAAUAAACAGUUGAUGUUAGUUAAUGAUAAAAAAUGUAUAACGAGUAAAAAGGCUGAUGUGCUAGUGCCACAAAAUAAUCCAGAUGCAUAUGCUGCAGUGGAUCCUCACAACAUUAACUUGAUCUACUUGCGGCGAAAUCUGGUGGAGAGUCUAACCAUUGAUACUGAAAAGAUUAAUGAGAAUGUUGCUGGUUCUUUUGUGCGGAUAAGAAUUUCUAGUGGUGAUCAGAAACAAGAUAUGUAUAGGCUUGUCCAAGUUGUAGGUACAAGCAAGGUUGCUGAACAUUACCAAAUUGGCACAAGAACAACUGAUAUUAAGCUUGAAAUUUUAAACUUAAACAGGAAGGAAGUCAUAUCCAUAGAUGAGAUUUCGAAUCAGGAAUUCUCUGAGGAUGAAUGCAAGCGUUUGCGUCAGAGUAUAAAGUAUGGGCUCUCAAAGAGAUUGACUGUGGGAGAGAUUCUUAACAAAGCAUUGACACUCCAAGCAAUUAGAGUUAAUGAUUUGUUGGAAGCUGAGAUAUUGCGGCUUAAUCAUCUCCGUGAUAGAGCAAAUGAAAAGGGGCACAGAAAAGAGCUUAAAGAAUGUGUGGAGAAGUUGCAGAUACUAAACUCACCAGAGGAACGUCAGCGCAGGCUGCAUGAAAUUCCAGAUGUACACGCGGACCCCAAUUUGGACUCAUUGUUCGAGUCUGAUGAAGAUGCUGCAGAGUCAGAUGAUAGUAAGAAAGCUGGGAAUGCAAGGUCAAAACAUCCUGGAUCUGAUAGAAGAGAGAGGGCACCAAUUUUCUCCAAAAUUUGGGAUGGUUUCUUGAACAAUGGUGGGUGUAGAACACCAGACUUGACCGCUACCAGUGAUCCGAUUGGGAAUAUAUGCACAUUAAAGAAUCACACCAACCCUAAUGAUGCAGCUAUUGAUGAUAGUAAUAAUGUGGUUGUGAAAUCAGAAGUAUCCAGUGUUGCAGUAGACAUUUCAUCACCGCUCCCCUCUAUAGGGACUGAGCAACCAUUUGAUGAUCAUUUGAAUGAUAGAUUCUGGCAUUAUCAGGACCCGAGUGGGAAAGUUCAAGGACCUUUUUCCAUGUUGCAGCUGUAUAAGUGGAAUGCGAGUGGACAUUUCCCUCCAGAUCUCAGAGUAUGGAGGAUAGAUGAGAAACAAGAUAAAUCUAUAUUGUUAACUGAUGCACUAAAUAGGAAGAGUCCUGAAAACGUUCCAUUGACAUACAACAGUCAAUCGCUUUCUUUAGGGGCCACUGUUUCAUUGGUUGAUAAAGAAAGCAGUCAGGAUGGUGGGAGAAAUGCAACAAAGAAUGAAAUAUCUGCAGACAGCCAAAUCAUUGAACAGAGCAAGGAACAAAAGGUGGAUGAUACUUCUACCCAGUCUAAUGGUAAAGAUGAAUCUGUUAGGAGCAAUGGAUGGCAUGACCAGCUGCAUCUGCAUUUACACCCUUCACUACCGUCAACUACCUUUACUGAAAAAUUGAAUGACAAUGCUUCUGAUAAAAGGGAGGAUCAUGGGAUUGAAGGAAACUCCGAAGACAAUGGGAAUUAUGGCACUAACAGGACUUCUGAUGGUCAGAGUAAUAGUGGGCAGAGUUAUCAGAAGCGAUCAGAUAGUGAAGACAAUUCGGGGCAAACUUCUGGACAGAACUGGAGGCUCCCUAAUAUAAAUAAUUCUACCAAUUGCUUGGUUACUACAUCUGCUCAUGAUCCAGGGACAAAAACAUCACCACAUAAGCUGGGAUUUGAUCUGCAUAUACCUCCUUCGCCUCCAGUGUGUAAUACAACAUGGCAGGCAAUCAUUGGGGAACCUGAUGAUUUUGAUGAAUCAGUUUCUGAUCUGUUGGCAGAAGUGGAGGCAAUGGAGUCACGUGGUGGCUUGGAAUCUCCCACUUCAAUCAUGAAACGUGGUGAGGAAUUGACUGACGGUUCUAAAAAUGAUUGUCUCAGUUUUAUAGAGCUUAGCCCAAUGCUUGAUGCCGGUAAAGGUGAUGCACUGAGCUCCACAGGUAAUUUGCACUUACCAUCUCAAUCCACGGCAGCAGAGGAAUCAUUACGGCAAGCACAUAUCCAUCAUCAACAUCAUCAAAGAAUAUCCGGGGAGCAUUCCCCAAGAAGUUCUGAAGUUGUGGUGGGCAUGAAGAACAUUGGUGUUUCAGGUAAUCAAUGGGAGUCAGGUGCUGGGAGUUCUCCUAUUGUUCCGCCCACGGUAACAUUGGGCAUGGCGAUAGACACGACUUGGAGACUUGGGUUGGAAAAUACACACUUGGGAUGGGGUGGAAUGGAUCAGCGGGAGACAAACACGAGUUGGGGAGUAGGGCAGAUGGAAGUGCAUGAGAACAGAAGCACAAAUUCAUACACUUCUGUAGUAGCUCCGGGCCUUGGGGAUGGCCAAACAAGAUAUGGCAGCGAUCGUUAUUCUGUGCCCAGAGAUCGGAGUUUUCCUGGUCCUGGCAGGGAAUCAGGUUUUGGUAGAGUCAGAACUGCUUCGAACAGACAAUCAUUGUUUGGUGUUGGGAAUGGAGGCUCAUAUAGGCCUUCUCCCAAAGGACAGCGAGUUUGUAAAUUUUAUGAAAGUGGGUAUUGUAAGAAGGGAGCAUCCUGUGGUUACUUGCACCCAUGAUUUUGGAUUCCAAUAGCAUUGGUCACAUUUGAUUUUUGUAAUCCUUAACAUAUCUGAAGCUGGCUCUUUCAAAUCAUUGUAAUUUAACCUGACAGUAUUUGUCACGUGCCAAUUUUUUAUAUGAAGCUACUAUAGCAUAACUUCUGUUUUUUGUUA